AAAAAGAGAAUUUUACCGUAUUAUUUUUUAUGGCAACAUUGUGUCAAUGUCAAACGUGAGAAAGCGAAGAAUAAUUUGAUUUAAUAAAUGUGAUUUAAAUUGGCUUUGUUAAUUGUGUUGUGUGCUUGUCUUCGUUAAGGAAUAUAUUUCCAUCAUUUUUAUUCGCUGUAUCAAAUAGGUACCUUAUUAAGUAGCUCUAGUGAUGUCAUAUCAACUAUAUAGAAAUACCACAAUCGGUAACACCUUGCAGGAGAGUUUAGAUGAAUUGAUUCAAUAUGGGCAAAUAACGCCGGCAUUGGCUAUGAAGGUACUGCUACAGUUCGAUAAGUCCAUCAAUCAGGCACUAUCCAGUAGAGUAAAAUCUAGACUAACUUUUAAAGCAGGAAAAUUAAAUACCUACAGAUUUUGUGACAAUGUGUGGACAUUCAUGUUGAAUGAUGUUGAGUUUAGAGAGGUUCAAGAGGUUGCAAAGGUGGAUAAAGUUAAAAUUGUAGCUUGUGAUGGAAAAAAUGUUGAAGACCGGAGAUAAUGAUAGGAUUAUUUAAAUAUAAAAUUAUUGUAAUUUCUGAAGAACUCUGGAUGUAACAAGAAUUUCUGAUCCAAUUUCUAUGUAUUCAUUUUGACAUGGUUAGGUGUAUUUAAUACGUACCUACAUUUAAUAAAUUAUGUAAGUGGAGAAGUGCAUUUGUAAUUAAAAAAGUCUUAAGUUAUUCUUAACAUAAUCAAUGCUACAUUGACAUCGAUUUUGUUAAACAAUACUUUGAAUGGGUGGGUUUCACUUUAUACACUGUCCACCAUGUUUUAUGAAUUGUAAACACAUCUCAACGCUUUUAUGCUCGU